CCACCGUAGGCGCCGCGGGGGCCGUUGGGACGGGCCGCGAAGUUGGCCGCGGCGCGGAAAGUCGGGCCCCGCCGGGGAGAUCGCGCGCGCGGCGCGGCUGGGGCGCCGCUCAUUGGCCGGGAGCGAGCGCCGGACCCCGUAGGGAACCGGCAGCAGGAGCGCCUCAGCCAAUCGCGGGGCGGGCCGGGCCCGAUCCCCGGGGAGGCGCUGGGCGGGAAGGGCCCCGGGGCCAGGUGCAGCCAUGCAAGAAGGCGUACGUUUUGCUUCAGCUGGAGACGAUGUUAAAAUAUGGGAUUCCUCGUCUAUAACGGUGGUGGAGCAGUUCAACCCGCAUACAUCCCCACAUCUAGUCAGCUCACUCUGUUGGGCCAGCAAUAAUAGCUUCCUGGUCACUGCUUCUGCUGUUGGUGAUAAAAUAGUUGUUUCAAGCUGUAAAAGUAAACCUGUUCCACUUUUUGAAAUAGCUGAAGGAGCAAAACAGACGUGUGUGAGCUUAAAUUCUAGUUCCCUGUAUAUUGCAAGUGGAGGCCUCGAUAAUACUGUUAAUAUCUGGGAUCUCAAAUCUAGAAGGAUUCACCGUAGCCUUAAGGAUCAUAAAGAUGAAGUUACAUGCGUUACAUAUAAUUGGAACGACUGUUACAUUGCUUCUGGGUCUUUGAGUGGUGAAAUCAUUCUACACAGUGUUACCACCAAUUUAUCAAGUACUCCCUUUGGCUAUGGCAGCCGUCAGCCUAUUCGACACUUGAAGUACUCAUCCUUUAAGAAAUCCUUGUUGGGCAGUGUUUCUGACAGUGGAAAUGUAACCCUGUGGGAUGUAAAUAGUCAGAACCCAUAUCAUAAUUUUGAAAAUACUCAUAAAGCACCAGCUUCAGAAAUCUGCUUUUCUCCAGUCAAUGAGUUGCUGCUUGUAACUGUAGGUCUGGAUAAAAGAAUUAUUCUCUAUGAUACUUCAAGUAAAAAAUUACUUACAACUAUAGUAGCAGAUUUUCCUCUGACAACAGUGGACUUCAUGCCUGAUGGUACUACUUUGGCUAUAGGAUGCUCCCGGGGAAAAAUCUGCCAGUAUGACUUAAGAAAAAUGACAUCACCAGUGAAAACAGUUAUUGCUCACAAAGGUUGUGUGAAAUGCAUACGUCUUCAGUUCAGUAGCACUUUUUCCAAGUCCAACCUUAAGGGUUCUUCAAAUAAGCCUGUAUCCAAAAGAAUAGAAGUCAAAGCUGGUAGUAAUCUUGGAGCAAUUCAAAAUAUUGGCAUAAAAAAUCUAGCUUCUCAGACAUCAGCAACAGUUUCAUCCCCUCUGACAGCAUCAAAUGAGAAUAAGGGAGGAGAGUUUCUUCAGGAGAAAACAGGCUUUCCCCGUAGCAGCAGCUUGGAUGUGAUUCCAUCUAAAGAAACAGAUCAUGGGAAAAGUGCGGACUUAAAUAAUUUUGAUGACUUGGGUCGAAAUAGUUUAGGAGAUGUGUUUUCUCCCGUCAGAGAUGAUAUUAUCGCGUGUAAAGCAAAUGAAGAUCCUCCAGGAAAAGGAGAUGGUCUGGAUUUUCAGUCCUACCUUUCAGGUUUGGAUUUUCUCCCACAGCUCACCACUGCCUUUCCAGUAAAAAGAAAUCCUGUAGGCAGUAAUGCACAAGGGAUACGGUCUAGCCCACUACAUGCACUUGUGGGAUCUCCAAUUAAGGAAGAAGAAGAACAUCCCGAGACUGACACCAAGAAAACAAAUCUUGGAAAACAAGAAUCUAAAGAAUCCUUAAAACAGCUUUCCAAGUUGAACUCAGCAAGUGCAGAAUCUGGAACUUUAAGUCCUCCACCUCCAACCACGGCUUCAAAGACUCCCGAAACAAAUGAGCGACUCGUGAAGAAUACUCAGCCCCAUCUUGCCCGUGAUCUACCAUUAAAUGGUACUACCUCAACAAGUCCAAAGAUAACAUCACCUGUCACUGCUGGAGUUGCCAGCUCACUGUCAGAAAAAAUAGUAGAAACAAUUGGGAGUAGCAGACUAAAUGCACCUCUGACAUCAAUCCAAAUAAACUUCAUUCAGAACAUGAUACAAGAAACAAUGGAUGACUUCAGAGAAGCAUGCCACCGAGAUAUUGUGAAUUUGCAAGUGGAGAUGAUCAAACAGUUCCAUGUGCAGUUGAAUGAAAUGCAUGCCUUACUUGAAAGAUACUCUGUAAAUGAAAGCUUAGUAGCUGAAAUUGAGAGACUACGAGAGGAAAACAAAAGACUGAGGACUCACUUCUGAAAGAUUCACACCACUAAUUUUGUUAGCGUGAACUCACUACAUGUGGUGUGUUGCUUAUGACAGAUCAUCCAUCAUCACUGAAGUAUUGUAUGAAGACCUGCUAUUAUCUUGAAUAUGAAUCUUUUCUAAAUAAAUGGUGUAAGAUACUCUGAGUAAUUAUAACUUGUAACAGAUAAACACCAUAUAAAGAAUGUUUGCAUAGUCAUGCUAACCAUCUUGAAAUACAUCCUUCUAACAGAAAAGCUGAAAGGAUAACUACAUUAUCAGAGUUCUAGCAAUAUGUGAAGUGCCUUUUUAUAAUCAAAACCAAAACAGGUCAGAUGCAUUUUGUAUAAGAUUUUUUUGAUAAUACCUACUUUUCUAUUUGCUUCUUUAUUUUACUACUGUCAAAAACGAUCACUUCAGCUUGCCUUUCAGAUACUUUUCUUGGAGAGAAGGGGAUAGAAAGCUCAUCUUCUGCAUGACAUGGAGCCUACAGUAUUUAGUUAAUCUUAUUCAACUGGCAACUCUUCUAUCCUGAGUUAAAACUAAGUUUGAAAAUAUUUCCGAAUUCAGUGCCCAUCACCUUGCUUAUUAUGUUUAUAACUGAAAUCUGUGCUUGUCUGCCAUGAACUUGUUGCAAACACUACUUCAACUGCAUAAUGACACUUUUUGUUACAACUUCAGCUAUGAAGAUAGAAUUCUAUUUUAUUUACACAUCUGAAUAUUGUCAUAGCUUGUCCAGUUUGAGUGCAACUUCACAUUUCAAAAAGUACGUAUACUCAGCCGUUAAUAACAGCACUGAGUAAAUGCAGUCUUUCAGACUGUGGUUAAAGCACCUUCCUACCCUCCCCUUCUGUUCUAUUAAUUGUGGCCCAAACUUAAUAUUGAGCAAUUGUGUUGCUGUUUGGCCUAAUACUAUUUUUUUAGCAUUAUUGCAGCCUUUUUGAGAUAAGCUGCAUACCAAAUGAAACUAGUGUCUUAGCUGUACAAUUAGCAUAACAAAUUGAAGAGAAAUCAUUACCUCAGUAGUGUAAUGCUAUCAUAGUUGUGUGUAAAUGUUUUGAAAUGAAGCUCAGUAUGAAGUCUUGACAGCUGAAGUUCAUGGGAGAUUUGUCUUGCUCUUUAUUUAUGCCAAGAGAUUAAAUUCAAUUAAAACUUCAACUCAAUUUCAUUUUAAAAUUAAAUUUUUCAGUUUUAAUUCAAAUUAUAAAUUUCUCUGAAAGAUCUCUUUUCCAAGUGCUUCUUGAUAUUAAAGUUGUUCUGGAGGCAUCAUAAUUUUCUCACUGAUAUUUGGUGGUUUCUUUUCCUGCAAUCAUUAAAACUCAAACAAGGAAAGUCUGAGUAUGUGGUGUGUUAAUUAGUUAAAACAUCAAGUGCUUAAACUUGAGAUGGCACUCUUCCUUGAAAUAAGAAAGCCAUAAUAUAUAGUGUAACUUAUUUUUAAAUGUUUUAAACUGAGAAACUAUCUAUACCUUUUCACUGUCUUUACCUUUUGCGUUACGUUUUAAUGUUAUUGACAAAUAUAACCUCGUAUCAAAAUGAGGCUGUUCAAGUAGUCUUCAAUAUUAUGGACAGGACUUUAAAUGUCUGCAAUUUUAAAAGCUUCUGAAAAGCAGUAGCAGUAUUUCUGUAUCAUAACUUCAUGGUGAAAGGAAGCAGAGUAAGUUUUAUUUUGUAAUUUAAUACAAUGUAGAGAAUAAAAUUAUAGGACAUAAUUUUAACUGACUACAGUUCAUGAAGACAACAGUAGUUGAAAUUAUCAAAAAUCUUCCAGCUCUUCAAGAAGUUUUGCAGUGUUAACAAACUAACCUUGUACAGUUGAAUCUCUUCGUUUGUUCCCCAAGUGCACUUGCUUGUAUACCUGGAUGACAGCAGGGAAUUAGAAAAGUAUCUUGAGUAUUUGGCUUGUAGAUAAUGCAGUUCUGAAUCAAGAAAACAAGUUAUGUUUUUCUUAGCUCUCAAACAGAGGCAAUUAUAGCAUCAGUGGCUGAAAAGAUACAUUUUGGCCUUGAAAAAUAUUUUAGGGCUUAUUUUUUUUUCCCUUCAUAUCUCAGGAUUACUGGCCGCACAUGCUGUGAUGAGAUGCGGUAUGCUACCACUGUAGGGGAAUGUUUUGCCUUGUAAACAAAUCUGAUUUGUAUGUUAAAAUAAAGCUUGUUUUAACCUUUUUGAACAAAACA